GCCCGGCGUCAGCGGCGGCGGCGGCGGUCUCGCGAAGCCAAUUCGAACAAAACUAUCAUCUAUCCCCCUCGCCCGCCCCAGCGACAAGGAAAACGUGGGUUUCAUUUUCUCGCCGACUCCGUUUCUUGAGCUUCAUAUGAGGUGCACCGUCGCCGCCGAUAUUGCUUCUCGUCCAACCUCCCCGUCGCUGCCCACGACUAACUCCUUACUACCGAAAGCAACAUCAACAACACCGCCUUCACCACCGCCACCGGACUCUCUCAACUCGCCGCAACCCCGACUGCCCACCUACCUUUCCUUCCGGUCUCGCCCCAUUCCUCCCAAGCAUACUACCUCACAUCAUCGUUCGUCCCUCGCAUCAUCCCCCACCGGGCCUUGAGCAUGGCGGCCUCGCGCGCCGCCGCUGCUGCUGCCGCUGCCGCUCCCGCCGCCUUCACCACGACGCCCUCACCCGCCGACCCGCACCGCUAUCAGACGGGCUUCGGCAAUCGCUUCGCCUCCGAGGCCGUGCCCGGCGUCCUGCCCGUCGGCCGCAACGUCCCGCAAAGGGUCAAGUACGGCCUGUACUCGGAGCAGCUCAACGGCGCCGCCGUCGUGUCCCCGCGCGAUGCCAUCCAGCACGUCUGGAUGUAUCGCAUGCGGCCCUCGGUCGCCCACGGCCGCGUCUCCCCGGUCCCGGGCCUGAACCCUCACAUUGAGUCGUGCUUCUCGCGAGCCAACGACAAAGUCGAGUUUGUGGCGUCGCAAGAAGCCUGGGAUCCCUUUCCCCUGCUAGAGAAAGCUCACGACGACGAUGGGGCCGGCGUCGACUUUGUGUCUGGCAUCCGCACCGUCGGCGGGCAGGGCGACCCGACGCUACGCCAGGGCCUCGCCGUCCACAUCUACUCGGCCAACGCCUCCAUGACGAGGCGCGCCUUCUGCAACAACGACGGCGACCUGCUCGUGCUUCCCCAGCACGGCCGCCUGCACGUCCAGACGGAGCUCGGCUGGCUCAUGGUGCGCCCGGGCGAGCUCCUCGUCGUCCAGGCCGGCCUCCGCUUCCGCGUCCUGCUGCCCGACGGGCCGUCGCGCGGCUACAUCCAGGAGGUCUUUGGCGCGCACUACCGUCUGCCCGAGCUCGGCCCCGUGGGCUCCAACGGCAUGGCCCUGCCGCGCGACUUUGAGCACCCCAUGGCCAGCUUCGACCUCGACGACGGCGAGGGCGAGGGCGCUCCGCCCUGGGACAUCGUGUAUAAGCUGGCCGGGGGCCUGCACUCGUGCCGCCAGGCUCACACGCCCUUUGACGUGGUAGCCUGGCACGGCAACCUAGCGCCCUACAAGUACGCCCUCGACCGCUUCGUCAACCUGGCCAACGCGAACCACGACCAGGCCGACCCGACCAUCUACUGCGUGCUGACGGCGGGCGGCGGCGGCGGCGGCGGCCCGUCCCUGACGGACGUGCUCAUCUUCACCAAGAAGUGGCUCACGGCCGAGGACACGUUCCGCCCGCCGUACUACCACCGCAACAUGAGCACCGAGGUCAUGGGCCUGAUCCGCGGGCGCUACGGCGGCAGCAGCCACGGGCUCGGCGGAGGGGGCCUGAGCUACGAGGCGAGCUACAUGCCGCACGGCGAGGCGUACGCGACGUGGCGCGAGGCGACGACGCGGGCGCUGCGGCCCGAGACGGUGUGCGACGACGCGACGGCCUUUAUGUUCCACAUCGGCGCGCCGCUCUACCUGACGCGCUGGGCGCUGCGCGGCGAGGGGGCUGCCACCCGGCACGGCGAUGGUGAGGAGGCUGCUACUACUACUCACAAGUGGGACGACGUGAGGGCGCACUUUCUCGACCACCUCGACGACGUGGACGCCGACCUGCGCGCUGCUGGCUUACCGUCGCUGGUGCGCCGGAGCCCUGAGAAGCUGAAUUGAUAUUUGGGUGCAGAGAGGGGGGGAUUGAGGUGUCUCUGAAUCUUGCGCUGUUGUUGCUAUAUAGGAGUGGUUUGAGCGAGCAGUAUAUCUAACUUGGCAUAAGAGCGGCGUUGGGCACAGGGACAAAACAUUAUUAUCAAGUGGUCUACGUCCAUAAUUCAACCAGGUUCGUAC